AUUAGCUAAAAAGGAUCCUCCUCUGCUUGCCCUGCCUACUGUGGCUCAUUCUGCUGUGUGGAGCUGAGCUGAGCAGAGGCAUUGUAGCAGAGCUAGAGAUUGUUGCAGCUCACAUUACACAUUCGUUCCUGGGAAAUUUAAGCUGAGAGAAGUCUGAUCGUUGUCACCAGGGCUUUGGACAAUGUUUCUUGUGCAGUACACAGGACUAAACCCGCUGCCCUUUGACCCUUCGACUAACAAUGAACCACUACAGUUUAACAACUGUAAUGGACCCCUGGUCACGGAGUGUCCUGUAGAGAAUGGAGCUGAGAACAGCAAGAAACGGAAGAGACCCAGCCUUCCUCCAGAAGGAAUCCGGAAUAUGGCAAUGGACUCAAGCCCAAUGGGAAUGCCAAUGUCAGACCCAGGAGCCUGGGCAACAGCCAUGAACAACCUUGGCAUGGCUCCAAUGGGCAUGACUGGACAACCUCUUAUGUCAGACUUCGACCCUGGCCUUGGGAUGAUGACUGGGAUUGCUCCAAUGAACCCUAUGAUGCCUGGACUAGGAGUCUCACAGGAUAUGCCAGUUGUGAAGGAGAUCAUUCACUGCAAGAGCUGUACCCUUUUCCCUUCAAACCCAAACCCAGGUAUUCACGAUGGCAGGGUCUCAGUGUGCCCCUUCGUUCCUCCCGCAGAUCUGCCCCCCCCUGCUACCAGACAGAGGCCCCCAGGCUGCAAGACUGUGUUUGUGGGGGGCUUGCCUGAAAACGCUACAGAGCAGCUCAUUGUGGAGGUGUUUGAGCAAUGCGGGGAGAUUAUUGCCAUUCGCAAAAGCAAGAAAAACUUCUGUCACAUUCGCUUCGCCGAGGAAUACACAGUAGACAAGGCCCUCUUCCUGUCAGGCUACCGGAUCAGACUAGGCUCCAGCACUGACAAGAAGGACACGGGGCGCCUCCACGUGGACUUUGCACAGGCACGGGACGACUUCUACGAGUGGGAGUGCCGGCAGCGCAUGCUGGCGCGUGAGGAGAGGCACCGGCGGAGGGUGGAGGAGGACCUGAUGCGGCCCCCCUCGCCCCCACCAAUCGUUCACUACUCCGAGCACGAGUGCGGACAGCUCGCGGAGAUGAUCAAAGAUGACUCCAAGUUCCCUGAAGUGAUUCGCAUCCUGCUGACAUGGGUGGAGCGGGGGGAGGUGAACCGGCGCAAUGCCAACAACUUCUACUCCAUGAUCCAGUCCGCCAACAGCCACAUCCGCCGCCUCAUGAACGAGAAGGCCGCCCACGAGAAAGAGAUGGAGGAGGCCAAGGAGAAGUUCAUGAACGCCCUGUCUGGGAUCCUGGUGCAAUUUGAGCAGAUUGUGUCUGUAUUCCACGCUUCUGCCAAACAAAAGGCAUGGGACCAUUUCUCGAAAGCCCAGCGCAAGAACCUGGACAUGUGGCGCAAGCAAGCAGAGGAAAUCCGGAAUAUCCACAAUGAGGAGCUAAUGGGGAUCCGGAGGGAGGAGGAGAUGGAGAUGUCUGACGAUGACAUGGAAGACCCACCGGUAAACAAGGAUGCGGAUGAGACAGGCCUGGCAGCUCAGGCGGAGGCACUGAAGGAGGAGAACGACAGCCUGCGCUGUCAGCUAGACGCCUAUAGGAAUGAGGUGGAGCUGCUGAAGCAGGAGCAGGGCAAGGCUCAGCUCCCGCGCACAGAGGAAGAGGAUGCCACCCGCCAGCAACAGCUCCGCUUCCUGCAGCAGGCAUUGCAGGGCAUGCAACAGCAACUGCUGAACACCAGAGAAGAGUUAAAGAAACAAGAGGCUGAACUGGAGAAGACAAGAGAGGAGAAAGUGCAACUGGAGAUCCAGCUGCAGAGCAUGAAGGAGAAGGUGGAUCAGCCCUCACUGAUGCCUAAACAUCCAGUCCAGCAGGAGACGACAGACACAGAUGACAGAGGAAGCGACGAGAGCUCUGAUCAAGGAAAUCAGGACAGCGCUGUUUUAGAAGUUGCUUCUGCAAGUCAAGAGAAGGAAAACCAACCAGAGAAGGGUCCAUCCACCCCAGUAAAGUCUGAGAGAGAGGCCCUGCUUGUGGGAAUAAUCUCUACGUUUCUCCAUGUCCAUCCCUUUGGAGCCAGCAUCGAGUAUAUCUGCUCUUAUUUGCAGCGUCUGGACACUAAGAUUAGCACUACAGAAGUGGAAACCCUGCUGGGCCGCCUGCCGAACACAUUCCGGCAAGAGAUCUCGGGCGUGGGGGCAAGCCUAGAGAAGAGGUGGAAGUUCUGUGGCUUCCAGGGGAUUAAAAUGACUUAGAUGUUAGUGGUUAGACUUGUGUCCCACAAAGAAAUGAACUGGGCCCAAGGGGGUUUGAUUCUGGUGGUCGGAGAGACUCGUUUCAAAUUACCUUGGCUCAGCAGUGAUGCUAGAGGCCCUCUUCACUCACAGGCAGGUUGCUAUAGUGACAGUGGUUUCUGUGCCUUGCAGACAGCCCUGUUUAUGUUUCAAAGGAUGUUUAUUUCCUCAGGACUGAUAAACGUUGAGAAAAAUCAGACACCACAGUUUUCUUUCUUUCUUUUUUUUUUUAUUAACUUUUUAUCAUUUGAAAACAGUCAGUUGACAGGCUUAUUUUCGUAUUGUUCCUUGCUAAUAUAUGUAUAUUUUACCUUUCUAAAGUACAGGGUGUUAACUGUGUCUGAACAGGCUGAACAGAAACAAAUAUCUUUGCUCUAUAUAUUGUAUUAAAAAAAAAAAAAACUGAAGUGUUUUUUGUUUCUUUUUUUGUUGUUUGUGGAAUGUUCUCCUAGGAGGCAUAUACCUGAUUCUGCACAACAAGAACUUGCCCUUUUGAGUUGGGGAUGUUUCUUAUUUGUCUUGAAUUUUCCCCAUAUAGUUUUUUUUUUUCUUUUUAUGAUUUUUUUUUUAGGCUGUACAAACUUUCUGAAAAGUACUGACACCUGAGCCUGGCACAUGUGUUAUAAAAAAAAAGGUUGAGGUAAAAAGGAGUAACAAUCCAUGUGGCAGCUAGCCCUACACUUAACUCACUAAUUUCCACAGCCAAAACUAUCUGUCUACACUGCAGUCAAUUUCUCUAACCACAGGCAUACUUCUGAGCUUUUCCGAUCUGGUGCUCCAACUGUUGUGCCCGCUGGCUAUCCUCUUUGUAUAGCACAUUGAAAAAGAGAUUCAUGACUGGCUGGCUGGCUGUAUUGUCAGUGCAUUUGAUUGAACAUAGAACAGGCGAUACAGUAUCUGCUGAAUAAAAUACCCAUGUUUAUAGGUUUAUGAUGCUUCGGGUUAUUAUUUCUCAUAAGAAGAGACUGUCCUUUGUGUACCCAACCCUUCUGACUCCUACAGUAGGACAGAAAGGCUGUGAUUUUGGGGGGGGUGGGGGCUUAAGUUCUGCAUUUGUCAUUUAUGACCUUUGUGAAGUUGUUUUUUUUUGUUUUGUUUUUUUGCUUUGGUUUAUUCAAUACCGUAAACAACUCAAAUGUAAUUCUUACAUAUUCGCAGCUCACUAAAACUGCUUUGUAAAAUUCGUUUUGGCAGCUAAUAUCUAUUGCAGUUGUACAGUCAUUAGCACUUUCUGCCUUCCAAGUCUCACAAUAUAUUGUGUAUUCGGGCUGGGGAAAUCUGUUAUGCUUAAGAACACAGGUGUCUGUGGCACUGGUGGACACGUGUAAUAUUAGUGUUUCACUGGCUCGUCCUACUGUAGAAUUCUUGUGUUGACCUGCAAAAAGUCUGCUGUCAGUGUUUAAAAGGGCCUAAUUCAGUGGCUGUUUUAAGUGUAAAGCUUAAGGGAUGUUAAUAUUGUAACGACCUAGUAUUUAUUUAUAUUUAACCCUUCAGACAGCGUGGCAGUGAGUCUAUUUCGCCAUUAAUUUUCCUUAGUUUUUUCCUGUAUUGUAUUGGACGUGAUAUAUAGAUUGACACAAUAUACAAUGAGAUACCUCCUUUUCAUGUCUGGAGUUUAUAGGAUUCUUUGUAGCAAUGCUGCCAUCUUAAAAUGUGGUAUUGAUUUUUCAGACAGCUUGGGGGGGGGUGAUUAGUUAGGUGGGAGGCUAUUAUGGACUUGUAGUUAAAAACUGAUGACUGGAGGAGCAAGCAUUUUUUAGAUCAAAUCAAAAACCCUUGUAGGCAAUAAUGGAUACAAAUUUAACACAAAUUAGUUCAAAAGGUGUAGCUUAUGACAGUUAACUUCAUGACACGUUAUAAUUCAGUUCUUCUAACCAGACACAUUGAAUGCAUUUUAAAGCAGUAGAAUUUUAUUCCAAUUGACAUUUCAAGUUUUUACUUGAUACGCACAUUUUAGCUGGCAUUGGCUUGGUAGUGUGUUUCAUUCCCAGCAUCCCUAGUUUAGACGGAUUUACAGGUGCGCAUGCACACACAUGUUUACAGGUCCAGUCAGUGGGCUAGACUGCUCCCGCUCAGGUGCUUUUAUCGAGUUGUGGUCCCAGUGGAAAGUCUAUAUAAAUCUUACAACCGUUCAGAAAAGUUGACAAACUUUGUAAAG